AUGUACACCCUUCUGGUCGCCUUCUCCAUCGCCGCGCUGCGUUUCACAGUCGCCAAAAAUCUGCCGCAAGCCAUCUACACCCACAGCAGCAAGAACACCACCAUUGGGAUGUCGUCCUUCAAUCACAUCUUCGAAAGAGAGAUCCUCAUCUCACGACAGACUUGCACUCCAGGUCCCAUGUGUUCGGACGGUAACUACUGCUGCGCUGAUUCGCAGUGCUGUGGCAUCGGACUCUGCGCCGCUGCCGUCGACACUUGCUGCGACACCCACUCCUGCGUACCUGGAUACGAUUGCUGCGGUGUUGGCUGCUAUGCUGAUUCUGAAGGCGAGACAUGCUGCGAGACGCAUGCUUGCGAGGCUGGGUAUUAUUGCUGCGGCUUCAGCUGUGCGCCUGAGGAUGGGGAUUGUUGCGGCGACGGCGGCCACUGUGACUCCGGAAAUACUUGUACGCAGCAGAACUGCGACUACGAGUGGUGUUGCGACGGACCGAACCAGUCGUACGAGGAUUAUUCGUACUCUUACACGAUUCCAUCGAUGUCGCUUCCGCCGGCGCCUUCUUCUUCUGCCGGUGGUAGUCCGGCUUCAUCGUCGGAAGCCCAGGAAUCGUCGUCGUACAUUGGCUAUCAGUAUCACUACUACUACACCACAUUUACGUACUACUACCUCGUCUGGAUAUCCAUCACGACGCAGGAAGCUCCUACAUUUACCAGCACCACUACCACAACCACCACCGUCAUCAGCGUCUAUGCCUCAGACCGAGAGGACGCACAAGCGCAGUUUACGUCUUCGGAGAGCCGCGUCCAGCGCGAGGCUAGCAGGAUGGCGAGCUAUUCGAUGCCGGAUCUGCCCUCGCAGACGGCCAUGAGCGCUUCAGCCUCUUCUACCGGAGGUGCGCCGAGGAACCUACCGCAAGGCUUGAGCAGUGCAGGUGGUUGGAUUGAUGCGGGAGGGCUGUGGUUGGUCGUGGGAGCUGCGUUGACUGGCCUGCUUGCGGUAGCCUUGUGA